AUCAUAGGUUAUUUCAUCAGAAGUAGGUUUCACGUUUUUAGAUCUCUAAUCGUGCGAAGCUAUCGAGCUAUAACCCUUGGGCGGUCUCAUUAGGGACCACUAUCCGGGAUCGAUGGCGUUGGGAUGGCGUUUUCACGCAGGUAUAUAAAAGGCUAAAGUGAUUGAGUUUAUCAGGGAUCAUCACAUUGACAACUCUCAAACCUUUGAUCAAGGCCUCUCACAGGAUGUCUUCGGGCUCAACAACCCCCGUCUUGAGGCAUAGAAUUUCACGCGCAUGUGGAAACUGCAGAACGCGUAAAAUUAAAUGCGAUGGGAUGACUCCUCAAUGUACUCCUUGUGCGAAGAACAUCCGCAGUGUCAUGGAGGGGCCUUGUGACUAUGGAGAUACUCUCACUCAGGUUGAGACCUUGGAAAAAAACAUUCACCGACUGGAGAACCGCUUAAGAGAAUUGGGGGAGCCAGCUCUCGUAGGCGGAGUGCAACUCAAUAAUCCCUACACGAAACAAAGCUCUUCAAGCACCUCGAAGGGACCUCUAGAUCAAUCCACCUCGUUUGCUGCGGGGGGACCUCCUCCUCAGAUCGCAAAGUUUCUGCUAGAAACAUUUCUCUUUCACGCUCACGACUUUGCUUUUUUCCUCAACAUUGGUCGUGUUCGGGCGUCCAUGUUACUACCUCACGGCCACCCGAAGAGACCAACCCGUGGCCUCACGAGCGUUAUCUGCCUCAUGGGCUUCCUAUUCUCAACGUUUUCCGCACCGACCCCAACGCCCGCUCAGACUGCCCAAAUCGCUGGCCUACUCUCUAAUGCGAUCAACGAAGUAACAAACAUGACGACGACGGAGUCAUCACAUCCGUUCAUCGUCGUUCAGAGCAUCCAAGCCGAACUCCUAGUUGCCACCUAUCUCCUUUGCAGUGGACGUCAUCUCGAAGGCCAAUUCCAUCUCACUAGGGCCAACUCUCUAGCGAUCGGCGCACGAUUGCAUAAAGUUCGAAGCAACCGCCAGCGCCCAUAUCCAAACGAUGUCGCUCAUUUGAAUACGUUUAUAUCCACACCAGCCCCCACACCAUCAGGAUUCUCGUUACCGCCCACAUCGGACCCAAUUGAGGAGGGGGAGCGAAUCAAUGCAUUUUGGUCGGCAUUCGUGUUGAGUAAUUGCUGGGAUGCUACAGUCGCCAGCUCAAUGAGCUUGAUUUCCGUGUUUGGGGAUGGAAACAUGGAGGUGGACUCGCCGUGGCCGAUGGAUAUGCUCCAGUAUGAACAGGUCGGAUUGUUCCUUGAAUCUGCAAGCUUCACGAUACUCGCUCACUUUCGUUACACUAGGGCGGGUUUCCAUCUGAACUACAACGCUCUUGGACAGUCCAGAAUUUCCUCAGUCAUAUCUCGGACGAUAUCAGUGCUUACGAAUCCUCCCACAUCGCUAUGUACUCGAAAGCUUCCGUUCUGUUCAAGCGGUCCCGGACGAUCGCCUUACAGCUUCAGGAAGUGGGUGACGGACACGAUCCCAACCACAUCUCUGGAACAUUUACCACUCACGGCAGGCUCAUCGAUUCAUUCAUAUCAAGCUUACCCUCAAUAUCUAGUGAAGAAGCUACAUGGGAACGUCCCACCACCGUCGGGAUGGACCUGGCUGCCUACAGUCUCGCUCACUCAUCGACGAUCCAACUUCAUUCCGUAUUGAUAGACACCCCGGACCCGUUUUCGUUAACCAAGUCACUCAUGGCGGCAAAGGCUUGUGUGGAGAUACUCAAGAAUGAAGAGGUGGAGAAGUACCUUCAGAAAAUGAACUGGAUAAACCCCGUCAUGGGGAUACUAUGGGAUGGUGUUUGCGGUGUCUUUCUUAAGUGCAUGGGGAAACUUAGGUCCGGCUCAGGAGGCGCUGUUUCAACGAUAGGGAAGGCUCUGGGAAUUGUGGGUGAAGUCAGAGCUGUGGAGCGAGGAUUAGUCGACAUGUUUGAAGCACUGGCUGUCACCAUGCAAGCUUUUGCGUCGAGGCAUCUUUCGAUUCAAUCAGCUCUCGAAAAGAAUCUUUCGUCUUAUCGCAGACUGACCCGGGAUCUCCCUGUUUGAACCUCCUUGAUAGCGUCGUUCUUUUAUUUCUACGUCGAGGAAAGUCUGAAAUGUACUAUAGCUUUCUUAUAUUAUUCAGUCCUUAAGAAUUUUCGUCACCCCCC